AUGUUCAAGCUCAUCACUGUUUCAGCUCUUCUCUCAACCGUCGCUCUCGUCGCCGCUGGUGGCCCAGCUGAGGUCUGCACCAGCAGAGGCGGUGGCUGUGUCGAAUACCAAAUCACCAAGGAUUGCUGUGCAGCCGUAGAUCAAAACACGCGCUUCGAUGAAGUAUUUCAUCAAUGCAUUCCUCUUCUUGCCAACGGUAUUAACACAGGCGGUAUGGUUGAUUGCUGUGAGGGCAGAGGUGCCGGAUCUCGCGAGGAAGAAAUCGGCGCAGCAACCAGCAAUGCUAUCGGGGCGGAGUAUAAGAGCGCGUUGACGGUACAUGCGGUAGUGCAACACAAGGCCAUUUUCUACCUACCCGAUGCAAGCAGUGAGGAAUCAAUCCCAAAAUCACAAUCUGAAGGCCUUUUCGAUAAAGGCAAAGACCUCCUCAGUCAGACUCUCGGAACCAAUUCGUCCAAAUCGAACGAAGAGAACAAAGAGCAAGCCAAGACUAUAGCUGAGGGAACUACCGAUCAGGCUAAAGGCAAAGGAGAAUCUAUCUUCGGGACUUUGUUCGGUAAUCGCUUCACAGAACCAAACGGUGUUGCCAAGGAAACCAAAGGUGAGGCUUAG